UCACAGCGGAAAGUCCCAAGCACUUCUCGUUUAUAUGACAAGUAGCCUACAGUCAUAAACCAGUCUACGCGAAAUUCUCAUUACACGUACAUUCAGACUGCACUGAGAUCAAGCCUUUGGUAUUACCAUUCGUCUGCCACAUUUCUUCUUAGGUUGCUGUAUCAUAAAGGAAGGAAGUACACUCCUGUCACAUCAAUUAUAUUUUUAUUAUCUGAAAGUUUAUAUCGGUUUCUUUAUACAAUCAUGUAUUCAAUGAUGGACGACUAGACUCCAGUUAUGGGAUGUCCAGCAUAGAGAGAGGCUUGAAUGAAAACACCCUGUGAUCACAUUCAAAUUGUUAAUCUUGAAUUUGUUUUACUGUUAAGAAUUAUUUACUACUUAAAAGUGUGUUUUUAUCAGUAUACAUGGAUGAGCUAAAACAUUAUGACCACUCACAUGUGAAACUAAUAGCGUUGAUCAUCUCCUAACAAGUCCACAUGUCAAGGUCUGGGUAGAUUAGAUGGUAAGUGAGCAAUAAGUUAUUGUUGUCAAUGUGUCGAAUGCAUGAGAAAUGGGCAAGAGUAAAGACUUGAGCGACUUUGACAAGGGCCAAAUUGUUAUGGCCAGACGACUGGGUCAGAGCAUCUCUGAAACGGCAAGGCUUGUGGGGUGCUCCCGGUCAGCAGUGGUGAGUACCUACCGACGGUGGUCAGAGGAGGGACAAACCACAAACCGGCGGCAGGGUGUUGGGCGCCCAAGGCUCAUCGAUGCACGAGGGCAACUAAGGCUAUCCCAUCUGGUCCGAACCGACAGAAGUCCUACUGUGGCACAAGUCACAGAAAAUUUUAAUGAUGGUAACGGGAGGAAUGUGUCACAACACACAGUGCAUCGCACCCUGCUGCGUAUGGGGCUGCGUAGACGCAGACCGGUCAGAGUGCCAACAGGACCAACAGCAUGUUAGGCGGGUGGUCAUAAUGUUUUGGCUCAUCAGUGUAGUCUUUUUAUUUCUUUGUAAUCCUGGGUGAGAUCGGGGAGCAACCAUGGAGGGAUGUUCAUCUCAUAAGUAAAUUCAUCAAGUUAACAGCUGUUUGUUUGGUGUAACGUGAUGCAUCAGAUUGUUGGUUAUAAGUUCAGUUUCAUUGAGUUUCGGUUCAGGGCAAGUGAAGAAAUCCACCUUUGCCCUCUGUGGUGUAAUCCAGUCAGUACAUUGUAAGGACAUGAUUUCUAAUGAGGGUCUCUGAAUUUUUUAGAUAGGGGUCAGAUGCUCUUGUUUGUGUAACCUAGAAUAAGUUGUAUGUAAAAUCCCUUGCUUAAUAUCACUGUUCAUGCUUUGCACUCACACAGGGUGUUACAAUCAAGCCUUUCUCUCUGCUGGACAGCCCAUUUUCCUCUAUCUAUUUCUCAUGGAAAUUCUACAAAACAGUGCUUUCCUGAGGGGGUUGUGUCGUAAUAGCUCCCCUGCAGAUUUACAGUAUGAUAACUCCUCUGAACUCUUUCGGAUAUCUACAUAUGCUAAGUUCCCCACCACUGCAGCCGUGACCGAGAGGAGCCUGGCCCGUGCAGGGUUUUAUUACACUGGAGUCGGUGAUCGUGUUCAGUGUUUCCGCUGCAAUGUGACUGCCGAGAAUUGGCAGUCUAUCGACUGCCCCGCCGAAAAACACAAACAGCUCUCUCCUAACUGCAGCUUCAUCCAGAGUUUACCUGCCACCGCAAACCUUCUGUCAUCCUCCCACUCUGCCUUUUCCCCGCUUCGCAAUGUGGCAGUCUUGCAGCUUUCUGCUCCUGCUACUGCAGGAGCAUCAAUUACUGCUGCCUCUUCAUCAGGCCAGACUGAGGAGCAGGUGGGUUACUUAAACAUGGGAUUCAGCAGUCUGGCCCCUUCCAGUCCUAUUGCAUCCCGUGGAGUGGAGGAUAUGUCUCACCAACGACCGGCAGCAUGUCACAAUCCUGGUAUGCGGCGGGAACAAGAACGACUUGAUACCUUUCAGAAUUGGACGCUGUCUACAGUAACUCCAGCUGAGCUUGCAAAAGCUGGUUUCUACUACCUUGGCCAGGGUGAUAGGGUGGCUUGCUUCAGUUGCGGAGGCCAGCUUAGCAACUGGGAAACAGGAGACAGGGCAGUAACAGAGCACCAGAGGCAUUACCCGAACUGCCGUUUUGUGCGAGGGGAUCGUUCAGAUAAUGUACCUAUAUCUGGUGGUGGCCUUUCCAAUGUAUCCAACUCAGCAAUGCAACAGUGUGAUGAAAGGUUACUCACAUUUGUCAAUUGGCCCUCAAGAAUACCUGUUCGACCAGACCAGUUGGCUAAAGCUGGCUUUUACUAUGUUGGUCGCAAUGAUGACGUGAAGUGCUUUUGUUGUGAUGGUGGACUAAGGUGCUGGGAGUCAGGGGAUGAUCCUUGGGUGGAACAUGCUAAGUGGUUUCCAAGAUGCGAGUACCUUUUGCAAGAGAAGGGCCAAGAGUUUGUCCUUCAGAUUCAAGCACGAUUUCCAAGACUAUUUGAGCAGCUCUUGACUAAUGGAGACGGCAACUCAAGAGAAUUUGUUGAUCCACCUGUUGUGCACUUGGGUCCUGGUGAGGACCGUUCAGAAGAUGCAGUGAUGAUGAACAAUCCUGUGGUGAAGUCAGCCUUAGAAAUGGGAUUUGAGCGUGGCUUGGUGAAGCAAACUGUCCAGAGCAAAAUUCUCACAAGUGGAGAGAAUUACAAAACUGUUCAAGAGCUGGUGUCUGAUUUACUAAGUGCAGAGGAUGAGAAGAGAGAGGAGGAGAGGGAGCUCCUUGCUGAAGAAAUGGCCUCAGAUGGUUUUACUUUCCUUAAGAAACAUCAUGCUGCCUUGGCACAACGUCUAAAAAGUGUUCAGAGCUUAAUGGACCAUCUUCUCGAGGAGAAUGUAAUUUCACAGAAAGAGUAUGACACCAUACGUAACUGCACUUCAGUCAAGCAGCAGACUGCACAGCUCAUUGAUUUAGUCCUGUCAAAAGGAAAUGCAGCAGCAGAGGUUUUCCGCAACUGGAUCAAGAAGAAUGAUGUUUACCUGUUGAGAGAACUUAUGGCCCAGGCAAAUGAAGCUGCAUCACCGAGUCAAGAUCUUUCAGAUUUGCCUAUGGAAGAACAGUUGAGAAGACUCCAAGAGGAGCGCACCUGCAAAGUGUGCAUGGACAAGGAGGUCAACAUUGUGUUCAUUCCCUGUGGGCACUUAGUGGUGUGUAAAGAAUGUGCGCCUUCACUUCGCAAAUGUCCAAUCUGUAGAGGAUUGGUGAAAGGCACUGUGCGUACUUUCCUAUCAUAAAAUGAAUAGCUAUCCUCUAGAAGUAACAUAAAACAAACAGUAAUUGGGUAAUUCUAAUUUUAUCCUAAAGUUAAAGGAAAUUCACAGCUAUUAAAUGUGGAGGACAUCUUUAAUAGACCAAAGGAACAUUCUUUCUGGAGUUCAAUAAAGCAUUCUUUAAUAAAGAAUAAAACAUCA